AUGGAAUUUCUAAAACAUAUAUUAGCAAGAGUAGGAUAAUAUGAAAGUAAAGAUAUAAUCAGCUAGCUUUCUUUUAAUUUAGAUCAGGGUAAAACGAAUAGCAGUACAUCAAAGUCUUAACUUAGAGGAGGAGGAUGUAUAACAACAUCAAAGAUAAAUAAUAAAACACCAUAAAUCUUUCGUAAACUUCCUUUGAAUUAUGUUAUAAAAAUGAAAUAAAAUUGUCGAAUACUCAUUGACAAAAGUGAUUAGCAAUUAGAUCCUUUUUAAAGAGAUGAAAUAAUGAUGUCAUUAUAAUGGUUUUAAGAUAAUAGAAUUUGGAUUUAUGAAAUAUGUAAAAAUGAUGAUUAUACUAAAAUGGUUUACGAUGCUGCUAAAAAUUGUUUUACAUAGCUUAUUUCGAAGAUUUUAAUUUAUCUAAAGGGUUCAGGAUGUAUAUGCUAUUAUGUUUUGGAAGUUUGUAAUGAUUUCUUAUUAAUAAUAUAUACUUAUUUAGUAAAAAAAGGCAUUUAAGGUUAAGAUCGUUAGAUUUAAGUGAUAUCACUGAUCGAAUUAUUGCCAAUAGUUGAUUUAAUUUAAUAAGACCUUGAAGUGCAUCAAAAUUUUUGGAUUAAUGGAUUGAACUUCUAAAUAACACUAAUAAAAAUAGUUUUAAUAAAUAUUAACAAAAAUUACCAAAAGCUAAUAUGUGAAGGAAUAAAAUUGGCAUCAAGUGGGAUAUAAUCCUUGAUUACUUUAACAAUAACUGGCGACUUUACGAGCAAUUUAUUUAAUUUCGCAAAGUUUGUGUUUAAUGAAAAAUACAAUUAGUACACUUUUCCUAUACAAACAUAUGAGAUAUAUUACUAUUUGUUUUUGUUGAAAUGGAGCAUUAUCAGAAAUAUUUAAGAAGGGAAUAAUAUUAAUGAUUAAAUUACAAAACUUAAAUAUGGAUAUAAUAAAUAAAUUUCGAAAUCUCAUAAUUGGAUUGUACAUUAUUGCUGGAUUCAUGCUUUUUCAGACUUGAUUUCGUAUAGAUAAUUGAUAUCCAAAACUGAUUAGUUUAAAAAUUUGGAAUUAGUAAGAAAGAAUUAUCUAUGGAAUUAAUUAAUAAAGUCCAAUUUUAUAUAAUUAUUGUCUUAUGACAAAUCAAUGGCAAAAGUAAAUAAUAAUAUUUCUUUUGACUCAAUUGAUCCAUAAUCAGCAGAAAUUUUAAUCGAUUCUGGCGUCGAAAGAAUAAAAUUAUUUUAAAAAAGACUUUUAGAAGAAAAAUUUAUCUGUGAAUAAGGCUUCUUUUAAUUUUACAUAGAUUUUUCAUUUGAAAAGGCUUAAAAAAAAAAAAUAGAAGACUAAGUUUCAUAAUAACAUUAAUUAUUGUACACAAAUGAUUAAUUGUAUGCUUUAGAAAAUUUAAAUCAACUUUUAAUAGGAUUAAUAGAUACUAUUGAAAAAUAAUAAAAUGCCUUUUAAAAUUCAUUUUUUUCAUUAUCAAAAUCAAAGGAUGAUAAAAAUAACUUUCAACCUAAUAAAGAAAAAUUUGAAGAAUCAACUAAAUAAUUAACUGGAAACCUAUUCAAAUUUUUAUAUUUUCUAUUUGAAUUGAAUGUCUUAAUCAUAAUAGAAAAAAAUAGGUUAAUUAUUUGUAAAAACUAUUUAGUAAAAAAAUAAGAAGGUAGCACAGAAAAUACAAAUGAGAAUUAAAAUGAUAAAAAGGGUAAUAAGGAUAAAAAGGGUAAAAAUAAUAAUUAUCAAGAAAAAUUGAAGAAAUUUUAGAAUUACGAAAAUAAAAUUGAUUAUUUGUAUGAAGAAAUUUGGCUUUAAACAAUAUUUGAAAAAAUCCCUGAUUAUUAUACUAACUUUUUCAAUUUCAUGAAUCAAUUUAAAGAAAAAGUAUAUAAAACUCUGAAUACAGAAGAAUAAAAAGAAUUUGAAAAUAAAAUGAAAGAAUAAUUCAGUGAUUCAUUCAUUUGCAAAACUCAGAAAAUUGUUGAUUAAUUUGUUGAAUACUUUUAAAAGUUUUAAUCAGAAUUAUAACAACAUAUUUAAACAGUGGAAAUUCAAAAUGAUGAUUCUUAGAUUGAUAAAAAAAUUUAAGCUGAUUUAAUAAGUUUUAUUAAAAUUAAGGAUAAAUAUUUUAAAGAGGAUGAAUAUUUUAAUAUUAAAUUUGAUCUUGCAUAAAAAUUUGAAACAAUUGAAGUUAUCUAACCAUAUUAAAUUAACAUUUAAUACUAAAUUAUGAACAUGGAAAUAUUUAAAAGAUAUCUGAUAUAAAAAGUAUAUAUUUUGGCAAAAUUACACACCAAUAUGAGUAUUCAAUUGAAUAUUAAUGCUAAAAAGCCUGAAUAAUAAAAUUUUAAUUCAAAAGAAUAACAUUCUAAAUUAGGAGAUAAAGUAGAUUUGAUCUAAAAAUAAUAGAAAGAUCUUGAAAGUUUAUUUAAAGAACUUUAGAGAGAUGAAAAUGUCUUUUAAAAAAUGUUAAAAUUGGUUGAAAAAACAACAAAUUAAAUAAAAUAAAAUUCUUGGAACUAACAAAGUGAUAAAGCCCUUGGUCUUUAAGUUUAAAUUUAUAAUGAACUACAUAAUUUAAUGUUGUCCUCAAAAUAAGAUAUUGAUUAAUGCAAUAAACUAAAGUUGCCCUCAUAAUAAGAUAUUUAUUAAUGCGAAAAAAAUAUUUACAAUUAUUAUGUUUAAUAUCAUUAAUAUAACUAAGAUAAGAAUAAUAUAUAACAAUAAAUUUCUGCUUAAAAAAGCGCUGAUUACGAAGAAGAUUUGAAACAGUUUUCAUAAAAAAUAAAAGAAUUAAAUGAAUUAAUUAAAUAAGUUAAAUUUUUUAUUGAAGAUUUGCAUGAUGUAUCGUAAUUAAUUGAUUUAAAUUUAUCAUAUUUGGAAAAAGUAGAAAAAAAUAAUCAAAAGAAUAGUUUAGAUAUAUUCAAUUAAAAAAUUGAAUAAACUCUCAAAAAAGUUAAUUUCCAUAAAUAACUUUAAAAAAUAUCUGAGGAUUUUAAGAAAAUUGAUGGUCAAAUUUCGUUUUUUUAAAGUAGGAAUUUAUCAUUUGAUGAUUUUGCUUCUAUUUUUUGUUACAAUUCUAAAUUAUUUAAUUUCACAACUGAAAAAGAAGGACACUAUACAGAGAUAGAGAAAGCAUUAAAAGAAACAGAUGAAGACUAUAAAAUUUUAUUAGAUAGUUUAUAUGAAUAAGAAAUAAUAGUAGAAAGAAAAUUCUUAGAUAUAAACAAAGAUUACAUAGUUAGAGAAUGUUUUUUCUUUCAUCUUAUAAAAAUUUAUUCUUAAGUUCCUGAAAAAGAUAUUUAAUUAGAUUGUUAAGAAUAUAUCAAGCGUCUAUGGUUAAUUGAAAAAGAUGAAAGUGUAAGAGCAUUACUUAAGAAUAAAGAAAUAGUAGAAAUGUAAAAAUUAUUAUUUUCUCCUGAUCUUAAAUCAUUUUCUAACUCCAUUAAAGAAGAAAUGAAUUAAAAAUUAAAAUAAAUGGAAGAAUUUGAAUAGAAAAUUCGUUUUGAAGGCAAUUUAUCUAAUAAAGAAAGGUUAUAGUAAUAAUUAACUAUUUAAUAUGAGGAAUUUGAAGAGUUUUUAGCGAAUAUCACAGAAAUGUCAUAAUAAUUAGAUAUUUCUUUGAUCUUUUUAAAAGAAAUCUAGAAAAAUAUAAAAUAAUUGAAACAGAAGAUAGACGAUCUUUAAGAAUCAUUAAAGUAAAUAGGUAAUGAUAUUAGAAAGUUGAGAGGAAAGAAUUAUUAGGAAUUAUUAUAAAUUAGAAAAGAUAAGGUGGUAACAUAAGCCUCUAUCAUUGAACUUGAUUCUGUAUAUAUUACUUUAAAAACUGAAGAAAUCGAUCCAAAAACAGGAGAAAUAAAGAAAUCUUUGCAGGGUUCUGAUUAAUCGGAUUUAUUGAUAGAAGACAUUAAAGGAAAUAAUAAGGAUAAUAAAAGUGAAGGGGAAGUUAAUUAAUUUAUUUAUGAUGAAUAGGAAACAGAUGUAAUGUUAAUUAAAGGUUCAGCAGGAUCUGGAAAAAGUAGAGCAGCUAGAAAAAUUGAGUAUUAUUUAUGGAAAUAGAUCUAAGUCCAAGAGGAUUGGAACAAUUAAUGGAUUCCAAUUCACAUUUUAUUACCAUAAUUAAAAGAUCCUAAGUUCAAUCUAUUAGAUUAAGCUCUUGAAUCUGAAAAUUAUGGAUUUGAUAAACUAUAGUUGAAGGAAUUUAAAGAAGCUAUUUUAAAAAAUACAAUUAGAGUAGUUAUGAUACUUGAUAGCUACGAUGAGAUGAAGUAGGAUUGUAUAUAAUCCAAUUUGAUACAUACAAAUAGACUUAUAUAAGAGCUUGAUCUUAGUCCUAAUAAUAAUAAAGUAAAAAAAGCAAAAUUUAUAAUAACAACACGAAAAGAAAUUUUAACAAGCAUGGGAUAUUAAACUUGGUUUUUUGGAGAAAAUACAUAAACUUUAAAGGAAGUAGAAAUCUUGAAUUUUAAAAUGAAAUAAAGUGAUCAGUAUUUAGAAGAUUAUGUAAUAUUGAGUAUUAAAAGAAGAAUUAAAUUUCUAUAUGAUUUUGUUAAGUAAAUAAAAUAAAAAGUUAUAGACAUUGAAGAAUUUAAAAAAAUUUGGGAAAAAAUAAAUGAUUAAGUUUUAAAGAAGAAUGAUAAUUCUGAUUAAAAUAAAUUACUUGAUGAUGGACAAAUAAAAAGAAUAAUAAAAAUUUUAAAAGAAAACUCAGCAUUUUAAUAUGUUUAAGAUGAUUAAUUAACUAUCUUAGAAAAAGAAUUAGGUGCUUUAUGGAGUGUUAAAUAAUACUAAGAAACUAUUAAAAACUUAAAAAUUGAGCAUUUUAAAUCAACCCCAUUCAUGCUCGAAAUUGUUGUUUAAACUCUUCCAAAUUUAUCGAAAAAAUAUAAUGGUUCCAAUGAAAUUAAAGAAUUGUUUUCGAAAAACUAUCUGAAACUCAAAAGAAAACAUGAUUUAUCUUAAAAAUAAUUGAAAAAAUAUUCUUAAUAAAUAAAGAAGAAUUAAAUUGAAUAAAAUAAAGUUUAAUAAAAUGAAGUUUAAUAAAAUGAAGUUUAAUAAUAAUAAAUUUAAAAAGAAUUAGCUUAAAAAGAAUAAGCUGAAAUUGAUUAAGAUCAGUAGAAUUUAAAAAGUCUAAAAAUCCUUCUUGAAUAAUUAGAAAGCUUAAGAUUUUUUGAAAAAUAUUCAAUUACAGAUAUCAAAUCAUCUGAAGAUUUAAUCUAAAAAAAUAUAUAACAAUUUUAAUAAAAUGAUGAUCUGAAAUUUGUGAUACCAGCUUUAUAAAUGAAAACAUUUACUGUUUAUGAAUUUUAUUAAAACUUUAUAGAAUUCUAUCAUGAUUAAUAAAUUUAGAAACUGAGACAAUUAGGAAAAAUUGAGAAUGUUGAUAGUUUUACAAUAGAUUUAAUUUAAUUUUCAGAAUCUUUAGCUUUAGAAAUGACAAUGAAGUAACUUACAUAAAUUAAUUAUGAGCAAAAAGGUAGAUUAUAAUUGAAAAAUAACUAUUUUGAUUAAAACGAUGAGGGGAAUUGGAUAAAGGAUUAUUUUGAUGAUUUGGAAGAUGAAUAUAGAAAACUUGUUCGAAGUUCUGCAUUGAUUAGUUUGAAAGGAAAAAGUUAUUCAUUUAAUCAUAAAUCUAUUUAAGAAUUCUAUGUAGCCAAACAUAUAAACAAUCUAAUUAACGAACUUGAGUUGAAAAAUAAUUAAAUAACUGAAAAAUGUGAAAAAAAUUUGGAGAAAUCCCUUUUUAAUAACAAUAAAUUUAAUAUUUCCUUUGAAAAUUAUGCUGGAUCUUUUGAUAAACUAAAAGAUAAGAUAAGAAUGGAUGAAUAAAUAAAUGCCAAAUUAAUAAUAAUGGCUAAAUUAUCAAAAAAAAAAAAGAAAGCAUUUAUAACUGCUUCCUCAAAUAGCUUUUGUUUAUUAAGCUAUUUAUAAGUAUAUUUAGGAGAUUAAGACUUUUCAGAGAUUGAAAUAGAAAAGACAACUUUCAGAGGAUUAUCUUUCUAUAACACUAAAUUUAAGAAAUCAAUUCUUAAAGAUGUUGUUAUUGAUUCUUGUUUAUUUGAUGAGGCAAAUUUGGAAAAAGCAGAAUGGGAAAAUUUGAUUUGCUCAGAAAAACCAAAAUUAGAUGGGCAUAAAGGUUAAAUAAUAGUUAUGCAAUAUUCAAAUGAUGAUAAAUAUAUUAUAACUGGAGAUUCUGAGAAUUUUAUUAAAUUUUGGGAUGUCUAAAAUUACAAAGAUUUAGAAGAAUUCAUAGCAACUACAGGCAAACCUUUUGAAUUGUUAUUAUCAGCAGAUGAUCAUCUGUUAUUUAUAGCAUAGGAUAACAACUUAAUAGAAUCAUGGAUAAUAAAUGAUCUAAAGAAGAUCAAGAAAACUGAGCACAUUAUUCGUCCAUAAGAAAAGAUCAUAUCAUUGCAACUAUCAUAAAAUGAAUAAUAACUUUAUGUUGUAGAUAAAUCAGGUUUAAUUUAAUGUUGGGAUAUAAAUUAGAUUAAAGAAAAUUCUGAAGUGAAAGAUGGGUUUAUUUUAUAAACUGGAGAAGCUUAAUUAAUUUUAAUUUAGUUCUACUCAAAUGGAGAAUUGUUAGCCUCAUAUUCUAAUGAUUAAAAUAUUAGAAUUUGGAAUGUUGAAAAAUUAGAAAAGGUAGAUGAAAUCAAAAUGCCUUCUCCAAUUUAGUACUUUAUAAUUAAUACGGACUAUAUUGCUUGCAUAAAAGAGUCUUAUAUUAAUAAUUAAAUUAUUAUUUGGGAUUUUAAAAAUAAAAAAUGGGAUGAAUAACUUCUAAGUUCAUCAAAAUAUAGAAUUAAUUCAAUAUUAUUUACUCCUGAUAAUAAAUAAUUAUUAUAUGGGGUUGAAGAUGCAGUAAUAAUUCAAAAUAUAAACGAUAUUUGUAAUCAAGAAUAGUAUUAUAAAUUAAAUAAUUGCACUUGCAUAGCUUUCUCUCCAGAUUAAAAUUUGAUUGCUUCAGUUAAUGAAGAUUAAAUAAUAUUCUGGGAUUUAGAAACAAAUGCAGUAUUAAAUGUUUUAGAAAAUGAAGGUCCUAAAAUUUAAGAGCUCUUAUUUAUUGAAAAAAGAACAGAAUUAUUAAGCUAUCAUAAUGGUGGAAAUUUAAAACGUUGGUCAGUAUAGGAAUGUAAAUUAAUAACAACCUAUCACGAUUGUUAUUUUCAUAAGAAUAUAACAAUAUCCUCUGAUUCUGAUAUGGUAGCCAUCUAUACAAAAACAAAAACUAAAAUUGCAAUAAUAAGGUUAAAUUAACAAUAAUUUUAAAAAAGGGCUGAUGAACGCGCUUAUAAUGAAAUGAAUCCUACUUCUAUUUCUUAUGAUGAUAAAUUAUUUUUAAAUGGCAAUUCAAUUAUUAUGCCAGAAAGUAUUGAGAAUAUUCAAUUUGAAAAUCACAAUAAUUAUUUUCGAUGCGGCGUAUUUUCCAAUUCAUCUCUAUUAUUUGCUAGUUUUAGUGAUGAUUAAAAAAUUCGAAUCUGGACUUUUUCAGAUUUAAUAUUUAAGAAAAAUUAAGAAAUUGAAUUUGCAGGUCAAAUAUCUAAAAUGGCGUUUUCUUUUGAUAAUAAAUUUUUGGCUCUUAUAAUUGAAGGAAAGAAUUUGAUAAAAAUUUUGGAGAAUAAUGAAGAAAAAUAUGAAUUAGAAGAAUUUAUUGAUAAAAAUACAGAUCUAUAUUUUUCUUAUGAUAAUUAAUAUUUGGCCUAUUUUAUUGAAAAUGAAAUAAAAAUUUGGAAGUUCACUUAGGAUGAGAAUGCUUAGAUUAUUUAAGAAGAUGAAAAGCUUUAUAUUUAAGCUAUAGCUUCUUCUCCAAAAAUUAAUUUAUUUGCUUCAACUGAUUGUGAAUUGAAUAUUAAGUUUUGGAAAUUUGAUACGAGAGAACAAUUAUAUAAAAUUGAACUAGGAGAACAAGUUAAAUGUUUAUGUUUCUCAUAUGAUGGACAAUAUUUAAUUAGCGGAGGAGAAAUGCUGAGAUUAUGGAAUGUGAAAGAUAUCUAUUAAAUUAAAUUAAAAGGAGUAUCAGAAUUCUUUUGUGAUUCUUAAAUAGAAAAAGUCUUUAGUUUGCAUGAGACAUAAGGUAUUACUGUUAUUUCAAACUCUAAAAUGGGGAAGAUUUUAUUUGAUCAAUUUGAAUUUUUAGGCAUCUUAGUAUAAUCAGAAUAGGUGUAAACUGCAUAUGAGUUUUCAAAGGAUAAUGAAUUCAUUGUUGGCGGAAUAGAAAAAUAAGUUGUUAUUUGGAAUACUAAGAAUAAUUUCUUAAUUAAGAACAGAUAUGAUUUUGAAGAUAAAAUCGAAUCAGUUAGAUAUUGUUAAGAUAAAAAAAGACUUGUUGUUGCUUUAAAAUUUGAUAUAUAUUUUUUGGAUAUUAAUUCACCAAAAAAAAGUAAAGUAAUUCCAAAUUUUUAAUUUCAAUCUAUUACAGAUGCUUAAAUGUUUGAUAAUGAUCAAUACCUCUAUACAAAAUAAUAUGAAUGUGUAAAAAUUUGGAAAUUACAGGAUGAGCCAGCUUUAAUUGAUUACUUUAGUCUAAAGAAUAACUAAAUUGUUUAUUCAAAAGAUGGAAAUUAUUUGAGCUUUUAUAAUACUGAUUCAGCUUUUAUUUAUCCUGUUUAAAGACAGACUAAAUUAAGAUUAUUCCACUUUUACAAAUUAAGUAGAAUAAAAUUAUCAAAAGAUUCAAAAUAUAUAUUAUAUGGUAAUCAAAAUUAAUCGGUGUUAUCAGAAUUUUAAUCAGAAAAAAUUAUUAAACAGUUUUCUUCAUAUUAUGCUUUUGAGUUUUGCGCAGAUAAUUAAAAUAUAAUUUUUGUUGGAGAUGAAAAAUGUGUUAUAUAUAGCAUCAAAAAUGAAAAGGAGAUCUUUGAAAUUAAAUGUAAGGAGAAACUUGAAAAUAUUAAUUAUCUAUCAUUUUGUAAUAAUAUUUUAGUACUAGAAACUACAUGCAUUAUGGUUUUCAAUUUAGAAAAUAUAUAAUAAUCUUAUUUUAUUGGAAUAAUAUAAGGUGUAAAAGGCGUAGCAAAUUUAACAACUUCAUCUACAUAUCUUGCAUCCGUAAUAAAUAAAAAUCAAAUUAUGUUCACAAAUUUAACGAAAAAAAAAUUUAUUAAAUCUAUUCAUUUAAAUGAAAAAUUAUAGAAAAUGAAUGGUUUGGUUUUAUUCUCCGAUUACUAAAAAGCAGCAUAUUUAGAGAAUGAAUCAUUUAAGGUCAAAAAUUUGGAAGAAAAAAAGAUAGAAUAUUAUACUGAAGAUAAAUUGAAAUGCUAAGUAUUUGCCAUUUCAAAAAAUAAAAAGAAUAUCAUAUUUUCUUCAGGCAAAUAAAUAUUUGAAUAUGUGUAAGAUACAAAAUAACAUUCAGAUUUUAAUAAAUUAGAAGAAAAUAUUGCUUUUCUGAAUUUUUCAUUCUCCUAAGAUUCUCAAUUUUUAGUAGGAUGUGGAAAUAAUAAAAUAAUUUAUUGUUGGGACUUUAAAGCUAGAAAAGUUAUUGCUAAAUUCUAAGGUCAUUCAGAAUAAGUGAAUAUAGCUAAGAUAUCUUAAGAUAAUUUAACUGUGGCAUCUGGUAGUCAUGACAAAUUAAUAAGAUUUUGGAAUUUAUAGGAAAAUUUCAACAGAAUGGCUUAGGAUGGACAUGAAGAUCAAAUUUAUCAUUUAGAAUUUUCUUUAGAUGGGUUGAUUUUAUAUUCUAGUAGUCAAGAUAAAACUCUUAAAUUAUGGGAUAUGUAACAAAAGAUUCUAUUUCUUUCUAAAGAUUUUGAAUUUGGGAUAAAAUCCUUCUCAAUUUCUGAAGAUUAAAAGUAAUUUAUAAUAACACAAAAGGAAAAAAUUGAAUUCUGGGAUAUUUAAUAAAAUUAAAUAAUGCAGAAAUUAGAAGAUAAAUCUUAAAUGAUUUAAAGUUAAUGCGAUAUUUAAUAGAUUUAAUAUUUAUCUAAUAAAAAUAAAAUAAUAACUUUAUGUGUUGAUAAAGAAAAAAAUUCUUCAAAAAUUGAGAUAUGGGAUAUAGAUAAAAGAAAGGAUGAUAAUCCCAAAAUUAAUUAAUUUGCUGACCCAAAAGAAAUUACAAUAUCUAAGUUGAAAGAUUAUGAUCUUAAAAAGUCUCUAGCCAAACAAGAGUUUACUUCUAAUGAUUGUAUUCAUCAUUUUUCAAUUAAGCCUAACUAAAAUAUUAUUGCAUUAGGUGGAAAAACUUUAUAUCUUUGGAAUUAUGAUAAAAAUGAAAAAUAAAAAGUUGAUUUAGAUUAAAAUUAGGAAGAAAUCAUUAGUUAAGUAUUUUUGGGAAAUAAUGUGGAUAUUCUAGUAGCUGCAAAAAAAAACAAAAUUCAUUUAUUUUCUAUAGAAGUUAAUUCAUUAGAAUGUACAGAAAUUAAAAUAUUAAAUUGUAAUGAAAGUACCAUUACAUGUAUAUAAAUUUAACGUGAUGACCAAAUUAUUAUAUCAGUUUCAGAUGAUAAAAUUAUAAGAUUUUGGAGUCUCAAGUAAUUUUCUAUAAUUGCCAUUUUGCGUGGUUUUGUUGAAACUAUUUAAAAGAUAUCAAUUUCUCCAAAUUGUACUGAUAUGGCAGUUGCUAUGAAAGAUGGAUCUAUCAGACUUUAUAAUCUUUCAUUUCCAUAAAAUAUUCAUGAUUAAAAUUCUAAAGAACAAAAUGAAAAUUAUAUCAAAUGUUAUAAAAUCUUUGGAAGAUAAAAUUUAUUAUCAGCAAAAAAUUGUAAAAUAACGGAUUAAAAUAAAGAAAAUGAGAAAAAUUAAUUAUAAAUACUGUUCCAGCAAAAAGGAGCAUAGCUUAUAAAAGAAGGAUGA